AUGUCUGGACGCGACGUCACUGGUCCUGUCAAGCAGGAUGUACGUGUGUUUCAGUCUAGUAUUGACACCUCCUCAGUCGUCUCUACCGUAUUCAACCAGCCGUCGAUGUACAUGGGCAUUGUCAAUAUGCUUAUCAUGUACCUCACUCAGCGCUUUCCAGAGGAGCUAAUGUCCCCAAAAUACAUGACAAUGACGUACAACGGCAUUCGUGCCCCGGCCAUGCUGACCAUUCCAUUCUGCUGCAUUGCGGGGGCAUAUUUCUCGGUUGCCAGCAUCAUCAGCACGUCUACGGUGCCUUUGGCUGGCCAUUUGUACGGCUACACGCUUAGUCUUGGUGUGGGUCUCACAAUGCUGACGUUUCGUCGUGUGUCGUGGUACUACCCGCUGCUGGGUGUUAUGUACCUUUCCUUUGGUGGAUUUCACCACUACCGGCGCAUGAUGGUUUAUGGCGACAACGCUCCCAUCUACAAUUGGGGGGACACCACUGAAAUUUGGAGCGCGUGGAGGAGGGCUAAACAGGAGAAGAAGCGGCAACGGCAAAUGGAUAAGAGGUGGAUAGACCAGCCGAAUCAAGGUAGUUCAUAG